UUCUUUCCCUUUUUUCUUGUCUUUUUUCUCUACUCCUUAUCUUUAUUUUCCUCCUCCAAUUCUUCUGUGAAAAAGUCUAUCACUGCAGAUUUCUUCAACUUUCGCAGAACAAAGUAAACCUCUCUCAGUCUUCACUCCGAACCCAAUUUUCUGAUCAGGACUGUCACUUUGGUUGCUUCAUUUCAAUUCCCAAAUUUCCUUCUCUCCCACGAGGGAAUCAUGUCAGUAAUUGGAGAGGCUGCUCUAUCAGCUUUCUUUGAGGUGCUGUUUGACAAUUUAAGCUCCUCUGAUUUGUUGAAGAUCUUUCAGCAAGAGCAAGUUCAUGCUGACCUCAAGAAGUGGAAGACAACGUUGCCGAAAAUCCGUGCAGUUCUGGAUGAUGCAGAGGAUAAGCAGAUGACAAGCAAGUUCGUGAAGAGCUGGCUGGAUGAUCUGGAAGACUUGGCUUAUGAUGUGGACGACAUCCUGGACGAGUUUGCUACUGAAGCUUUGCGACGUAAGUUGAAUGCAGAAGAACCCAGCACAAGUAAGGUACGAAAGUUCAUCCCUGCUUGUUGUGUGGGUUUGAAUCCAAGUUCUAUCAUGUUUGAUGCCAAUAUGCGGUCCAAGAUUAAUGAAAUCAAUACAAGGUUGCAAGAAAUUGUAACACAGAAGAAUGAUCUGGAAUUGAGAGAAAAUACAGGCCGGGGAAGAACUGGAGCAACAAGACCAAGGAUGCCCACGACUUCUUUGGUGAAUGAAGGUCAUACUCAUGGCAGAGUAGAAGAUAAAAAGGCUAUUGUCAAGUUGUUGUUGAGUGGUGAAUCGAGUAAUGCUCCACUCUCUGUGAUUCCCAUACUUGGUAUGGGGGGAAUGGGUAAGACAACUCUUGCCCAACUAGUUUACAAUGAUGAUGUGGUGAGCAAUUAUUUUGAUGUGAAAGCAUGGGGUUGUGUUUCUGAAGAUUUUGAUAUUGUAAAGGUGACAAGAGAAAUUCUACAAUCUGUCACUUCUGAAUCCUGCAACGAUAAUAAUUUAGAUUUACUACAAGUCAAAUUGAAAGGGAAAUUAUCAGGCAAAAAGUUCUUGCUCGUUUUGGAUGAUGUAUGGAAUGAAAACUAUAAUGAUUGGACUAGGCUGCGUUGUCCAUUUGAAUUUGGGGCUCCAGGAAGUAAGAUAAUCAUCACAACUCGAAGCGAUCGUUUUUCAUCAACAAUGGGCACUACUCAAGCUUACAAGUUGAAAGAGUUGCCAGAUGAUGCUUGCUUGAUUGUAUUUAUCCAAAACACAUUGGGGACAACAGAUUUUAGUGCAUAUCCAGAACUUCAAGAAUUUGGUCCUAAAAUUUUGGAAAGGUGUCAGGGAUUGCCUUUGGCAGCAAAAACUCUUGCAGGCCUAUUACGUACUAUGCAUUAUGAUGAGUGGAAAAAUGUGCUCAAUAACAAGAUAUGGGAUAUGUCAGAAGAAAAUAGUGAUGUUCUACCAACCCUUAGAUUGAGCUAUCUAUAUCUCCCUUCACAUUUAAAGAGAUGUUUUGCCUAUUGUUCACUAUUCCCGAAAGAUUAUGAAUUUGAGGAACAAGAACUAGUCCUGUUAUGGAUGGCGGAAGGUUUGGUUCAAGAAUCAGAAAAGCAUAAGCCAAUGGAAGCUCUUGGUGUUGAGUAUUUUUGUGAUUUAUAUAAGCGAUCACUUUUUCAACAAUCAAGUAGGAAUAGAUCACUCUUUGUCAUGCACGACUUAAUCAAUGAUUUAGCUCAAUGGGCAGCGGGACAGUUGUGCCAUUGGUUGGAAGAUAAAUCAAGUGGUAAUAUGCAACCCAAGAUUUCUACAAAGGUACGUCAUUUCUCCUACGCUCGUUGUGCAUAUGAUGGCAUCACAAAAUUUAAAGGCUUGACAAAAGAUAUGCAUUUGCGGACCUUCCUACCGCUACCAACAAAAGACUGGAGCUACUUAACAAAUUAUGUUUUUAGUUGUUUAUUGCCACAGUUUAGAUGUUUAAGGGUAUUAUCUUUAUCUGGAUAUCAAAUUUUUGAGUUACCAAGUUCAAUCGGUGAUUUGAAACAUCUAAGAUACCUCAACCUUUCUAAAACUUUGAUUAGAAGUUUACCAGAAUCAACAAGUUCUUUAUACAAUUUGCAAACAUUGAUAUUGAAAUAUUGUGAGAGACUCACAAAGUUACCGGAGAAAAUUGGGAAUCUAGUCAAUCUUCGGCAUCUUGAUAUUGAAGGGGCCCAUUUAAUCAAAGAGAUGCCAGUGGGAAUAAAAGAAUUAAAAAACCUACAAACAUUGUCUAAUUUUGUUGUGGGGAAAGAUACUGCAUCGAAGAUAGGGGACUUGAUGAACUUGGAGUCUCUUAAGGGAACACUUUGCAUUUCACACUUGGAGAAUGUGCUUGAAGUCGAGGAUGCAAGAAGGGCCAACUUACUUGGUAAGAAGAAUUUAAAUGUAUUAGUGAUGAAAUGGGAGUCCGAGCUUGAUCAAAGAGCUAGUCUAGAUAUUCUUGACAUGCUACAACCUUCAACAACGAUGAAAGAAAUUUCAAUUGAUGGCUAUGUUGGUGCAAAAUUCCCAACUUGGUUUGGACAUCCAUCAUUUUCUAAUAUGGUGCUCCUAAGGAUUGAGAGGUGCAGGAAAUGCACAUCCUUACCUGCAAUUGGACAAUUACCAUCCUUGAGAGACCUUGCCCUUGUAGGAUUGUCUGCAGUGGAAAUCAUUGGUCUUGAGUUUUAUGGGGAAGACUGCCCAAAGCCUUUCCAAUCCUUAGAGACACUUUGCUUUAAGGAUAUGCAAGAAUGGAAAGAUUGGAUUCCAUGCAAAGUUGAGUACGAAGAAUUCCCUUGCUUGCGUGAGCUUUCUAUUUCUCAAUGUCCUAAAUUGCAAGGAAAAUUGCCUCACCAUGUUCCAUUAUUGGAAAAAUUUUCUAUUAAUGGAUGUGAGCAAUUGGACGUUUCAAUUCCAAACUUCCCAAAGCUUCAUGCAUUAGAAAUUAAGGGAUGUAAAGGGGUGGUGAGCAGAAGUACAGAUGAGUUAUGCUUUCCAAAGUCAACUAUUCUUUCUAUUCCAUAUGUGAAAAGCUUGACGGAGGAGUUCAUGCAUGGGUUAGCUAAGGUAGAAAAUCUAGAGAUAGAUAAUUGUAAGGAGCUAACAUCUUUGUGGCAGGAUGAAUUCAAAUCCCUUAUAAUGCUGGAUAUAAGAGAUUGCUCAAGCCUUGUCAACAUCAGCUUGACAUCUACUUUAAGGACACUAAAUAUUACGGGUUGUAGUGGUUUGAAAUCCUUGUCAAUCUCUAAUUGUGCAUGUUUGGAAAAGGCAAGCAUUUUGAGAUGUAAUUCUUUGACGUUGAUUUCAAGAGGUCAGUUGCCUCAAAAUUUGAAAACACUAUAUAUAAGUCAUUGUGAGAAUUUGCAGUUUUUGGUAGAUGAGGGAGAGGCUUCUUCUAAUUCUUCUUCUCUUCUUGAGGACUUGGUUAUUGGGGGCUGUCCAUCUCUAAAAUGCUUAUCAUCAAGUGGCGACCUACCUACCACGCUUAAACGCCUUAAGAUUUGGUCAUGCAUAGAGCUCACAUCCUUUUCAUCAAAAAGCGAGUUACCUACAGCUCUUAAAUACCUUUAUGUAUACAACUGUCCAAAGAUGGAGUCAAUAGCGAACAACUUACCCAACAAUGCGUCUCUUGAAUAUCUUCAAAUCGAAAGGUGUGCAAAGUUGAAAUCCUUACCGGUGGGCCUACACAAACUCUGCCACCUCAAUAAGAUCGAGAUAUGGAACUGCCCUAGUUUUGUUUCCAUCCCAGAUGGAGGGUUACUCCCCACCAGCUUGAGAGAGCUUUCGAUCUACCACUGUGAGAAACUCAUGCCGGUCUGGCCCAACUGCAUGCCGAACCUCAAUUCUCUUUUUAUCCUCAAUUGUCCAAGCGUCAUAUACUUUCCAGAAGAGGGUUACCCCACCAGUCUAACAUCACUCUCAUUUGGCGGGGAGAAUAUCUGUAAGCAAGUAACUGUGUGGGGAUUGCACAGACUAACCUCUCUUACAUCACUCUGUAUUGUUGGUGGAAUUCCAGAUUGGCAGUCGUUUCCAGAUGAGCAAGAUGGGAAGCUGACGAUGACGCUUCCUUCCUCUCUUACCCAGCUAAGGAUUCGGAGCAUUCCAAAUAUAGUAAUUCUAUCUUCUUUGGGCUUUCAAAAUCUCUCUGCUCUUGAAGAAUUGGACAUCAGAUUUUGCCCUAAACUCGCAUCCCUCCCAGAGAAGGGCCUACCUCCCUCGCUUCUGCGACUUUAUAUUUACGAGUGUCCAUUGCUGAAACAACACUGCAAGAAAGGCGGGCGAGAGUGGUCCAAGAUAGCCAACGUCCCUUGCGUUCUGAUUGAUAAUUGGUCUGUCUAUGAGGUGGAGGAGGAGCAGCAAUAAAAAAAUUGUAAAACAAAGAGCAAUAUUUACUCAUAAUAGUUACUCCUUCCUUCCAGUGUUGCAGCAGAGACUAGCUUCUAAACCACUAAACGUUGUAUUGGAAUUUCAAAACACGGAGGUUAUCAGAAAAUGUGCAGAGAAUGGCAGGAUGCCCUUUUAGUACUAUGCUUGUGCAGAAUGUCGUUUUAAACAUUUGUCGUGCCUUGCAUAGAUUGAUCAAAGCAUUGUCACCUAUGCUGCAAAUGGCAGAGACUAGCUUUGGAACUGAUAAACCUUCUAUUGGAAUUUCAAAACGUGGAGGCUACAUAUUGUGUUCUGCGACAUGAUGAUCAGCAGAUGUGCACAAAAUGUCAUUUUAAAACAAAUAUUGUGCCUUGCAUAGAUUGAUCAAAGCAUUGUCACCUGCGCUGCAGAUGGCAGCAGCCACUCUUUGGGCUAUUUGGAAAUGCAGUAUUAUAGAGCCAAGCUCUUAAUUACUGCUACUCAAGGGAAGACUAUUGAUGCUACUCAAGCUCUUAAUUACUGCAAGCACAAGAUCAUGAUCUGUCAAGAAGCAAUGGCUGGGACUCAUUCCCUAAAUGUUGCUUUAAACCUCCUAUCUAUAAUUGCAAAUGAUUUGUUGAAUCUAAGAUCAAAUUGGGAACCAAAUUUCAGAUCUUAGUAGAAGUUAGUACAAAAAGGGAGAGUUGCUCGCCAGAUGCAAGCUUUGUUUGCAAAGAUCAAAUGAGGAACCAAAUUGUGGUACACUGUUAUAGUUGGUUGGCUAAAAAGAAAUCCAUAGUACUUUCUCAGAUAAUUCAUGAAAGCUCAACCCAUGCACUUAUUAAAGGUGUGGUAGCUGCAGUUGUACCUACUAGUAGCUCUGAGGUUUGCAGCCUUUGUUGUGCAAUGAAAAACACCAGGUUCGGAGAUUAAGCAGUUAAGGAAGACAUUGCUGAGCAGCGUUCAUGAUUUUCUAAACUCUGGGUUGAUCAAAUCCCAGGCAAAUCCUCACUAAUGCUUGUUAGCUGGCCAAUUCUACAACUUCCUCUUUUAUGCGGCCUGGUCCUCUUCUUGACCAGAAUUUAAGGCUUUCUCUCUGACUUAGCAUCCAUGUUGAAGAGAAAAUGAAUUUCUUGAUGUGGUGACUCUUGUUUGAUUUGCUGAAUACCACUAAUAGAUGAUAUUGCAGAUUGUACCAGAAACCACCCUACCAGCAAAGUUGCAGAAUCAAUCAGAACCUUCUUAGACCAAUGUAAUUUAUUGGUUCUCCAAUGACUAAGAAGAAGAGCUGGUUCAACAUAGUGAAGAGGUUCUUUAUAAGAGAGACAAACUCAAAACAAGAAAUGGUAAAGUAAUUUGCUUAUUUGUGCAGUUUUGGUCUUUGAUUCUGUUCCUCACUGCUAGAACAAUUAUCGGGAUAGAAGGAAAUGGAUUUUUGGAGGGCUCAAGAUCAAAAGGUUAACCUCGCUCACUGCACCAUCAUCAUUGAAUGAAAGAAAUCUAGGUGAGGCUGAGGAAGAGCAGAUCAAGCAUGCUCUUGCUGUGGCCCAUGCCACCAUUGCUGCUGCUGAAGCAGCUGUUACAACUGCUCUAGUUGCUGCUAAGAUUGUCUGGUUCACCAGCACCCCUCAAUAUAACCAUCAAUGUGUAAAUGAAGUGGAAGUUUCAGUCAUUAGAGUUCAAGGUGAAGCCCCUCUGUCCAACUAUCAAUGUGUGAGAGAAUCCAUGAAUUUGCUGCCAUUAGAAUUCAGUCUGCCUUUUGGGGUUACCUUUUGUGUUUAAAGCAAGGAAAGCUUUGCGGGGAAAAGGAAUUAUGAGGCAGAGCUGUAAGAUGCCAAACCAUAACUACCCUAAAGCUCUUGCAGUCCAUUGUAAUUAUUCAGUCACAAGGCUGCACAAGAAUAUUUGGAAUGGUGGAAGGCACUUGGAACUAUGUUGGAAGUGACAAUCGCAGAAUUGGAAAGACAAGAUGACAAGGGUAUGUAAUGCAGCUAGAACUGGCUUAUUCUAUUGUGAACAACACAACUCCCAUAAAAAAAAUCUGUUUCUCAUUUCACCUGUGCUGCAGAUGGCAGCCACUCUUUGGGCUAUUUGGAAUGCAGUUUUAUAGAGCCAUGCUCGAAGGAAAACUGCCGAUGUUUCUCAAGCUCUUAAUUACAGCAGGCAUGUGGUCAUGAUCUGUCACAACGCAAUGACUGGGAAUCAUUCCCUAAAUGUAGCUUUAAACCCCCUUGUCUACAAUUGGAAACGAUUUGUUGAAUUUAAAAUCAAACAGGGAACCAAUUUUUGGAUCUUAGUAGAAGUUACUACAAAAGGAAGAGUUGCUUGCUAGGUUCAAGCUUUGUUUGCAAAGAUCAAAUGAGGAACCAAAUUGUGAUACACUGUUAAAGUUGGUUGGCUAAAAGUAAAUCCGUAGUACUUUCUCAGACAAUUCGUGAAAGCUCAAUCCAUGCACUUAUUAAAGGUGUGGUAGCUGCAGUUGUACCUACUAGUCACUCUGAGGAUUGCAGCCAUUAUUGUGCAAUGUAAAACACCUAGUUCGAAGGAUUUGAGCAGUUAGGAAGACAUUGCUGAGUGGCAUUAGUAAUUUUCUAAACGCUGGGUUGAUCAAAUCCCAGUAAAAUCCUCACUAAUGCUUGUUAGCAUGCCAAUUCUACAGCUUCCUCUUUUAUGCAGACUAGUCCUCUUCUUGACUAGAAUUUAAGGCUUUCACUCUGACAUAGCAUCCAUGUCGAAGAGAAAAUAAAUUUCUUGAUGUGGUGAAUCUUGUUUGAUUUGAUGAAUACCAUUAAUAGAUGAUAUUGCAGAUUGAAACCACCCUACCAACGAAGUUGCAGAAUCAAUCAGAACCUUCUUAGACCAAUGUAAUUUAUUGGUUCUCCAAUGGCUCAGAAGAAGAGCUGGUUCAACAUAGUGCAGAGGUUCAUUAUAAGAGAGAGAAACUCUAAACAAGAAAUGGAUUUUUGGAGGGCUUAAGAUCAAAAGAUUAGCCUCACUCACUUCACCGUCAUCAUUAAAUGAAAGAACUCUUGGUGAGGCUGGGGAAGAGCAGAUCAAGCAUGCUCUUGCUGUGGCCCAUGCCACCACUGCUGCUGCUGAAGCACCUGUUACGACUGCUCUAAUUGCUGUUGCGGUUGUCCAGUUCACCCCUCAAUAUAACCAUCAAUGUGUAAAUGAAGUGGAAGAGUUUUCAGUCAUUAGAGUUCAAGGUGAAGCCCCUCAGUCCAACCAUCACUGUUUGAGAGAAAUCCAUGAAUUUGCUGCCACUAGAAUUCAGUCUGCCUUUCAGGGUUACCUUGUGAGUUUAAAGAAGGCAUGGAAAACUUUGUGGACUUAGAAGGGAAUUGUGAGGCAGAGCUGUAUGAUGCCAAACUAUAACUACCCUAAAGUUCUUCCAGUCCACUGUAAUUAUUCAGUCACAAGGCUGCGCAAGAAUAUUUGGAAUGGUGGAAGGCACUUAGAAUUAUGAUGGAAGUGAGCAAUUGCAGAAUUGGAAAGACAAGAUAACAAGGAUAGACACAAGGAAUCAAAGAAGGUGGGAUGACAGUGUUUUGUCAAAGGAAGAGUCAGUUGCAUUGUUUAUGAGUAGGAAAGAGACCAUGCUUAAGAGAGAACGGAUAAAGGAGUAGUGGUUUAUCCAUCUGUAGUCAGCAGAUAUGGAUCAAAACUUAGUAAGUGGAAGAUGAAGGCAUUGGUUGGAUCAAUGGGUAGAUACACAAAUUACCUUAAGUAAAGAACUUGAAGAUUUGGACUCGGCUUUGACUUCAAAUCGAAGACAAAGAGAGGACUCUAUGAAAGAAGGCAACUUAAGCUAAGAAAUGUUGAGGGACAGAGUAAGUUGGAAGGAUUGAAUUCUCCAACAUUUGUUCCGACAGUAUCAAUUCAUUAUAGGAGACCAUGCUCAUUGGGAGAUCAUAAUUCUUUGUCAAGCUCUCCUAUUGUUCCAACUUACAUGAAUGCAACUGAAUCUGCAAAGGAAAAGGCAAGAUCAAUGAGCUCGUGAAAAAUAAGGCCCAUGAAUUUUGAUACAUGCUCUGAAAGCUCUUCACCAUAUAAGAAUAAACUCAUAUCCUUUAUUACUACUGAAGUGCCAAGUGGUGGUAGGAUUGGCAAGACUAGUGGUUUCUAGCAGAUCUCCAAGAUCAAAAGGCCUUCCAAGUCCUAUAAAAUUCAGUAGGAAGGUAAAGGAUCUCAGUUUUAACUCAAAGUGCUCAUUUCAGACUUUGGAUAGACAUGGCUUUAGAUAAUUUCAGAAGUUCGGUGCAAGAAGAGAACUUGGUUAGUGUGUCAGGUUGGAGUGGAGAACAUAGUUUGUAAUUUAAUCUAGUUUGAAUAGUUAAACAAUGGUGUGCUAUUUAAUCUCAUCAUCAAAUGAGUAGCUCACUGUAAUGCUGCAUUGUAAUUUAAUCUAGUUGGAACUCUACUCUUCCUCCCUCCAAAUUGGCCAUUAAAGUGUAUUGAGGUUUGGGUUGCAUGAGAGACUUUUUUUUCUCUGUUCAAUACCAAUGGAUAAGUGUGUUUAACUUUAA